AUGGCACAUCAUUUUGGCCCGCCUCCCACUCUAACAGUUUAUACCAGGGACAGAAAAAAUAAGUAUGUCAUUCCUUCUGUGUUUGCACAGCCAGGCGAAGAACUGUUUCGUGGUCGCCGACAAAUUCACGUUCCUAAAUUCGCCAAAACGGUCACUACAGCUGUGGACACAAGUGAACUUGAAAGUCGGUAUCCUUCGUUCAAGAUGCCCUCAUCAGUGAGGCUGGCCAUACUUAACCUGGUUUGUGAGCUACGUGACGACCCAAAAAUUUACUUUAAUAGCCAAGAAAUCGCCAGCCUCCUGCAAAUGUACUAUGCUAUCACCAACUACAAGGUGAGGGUGAUGACGCAAGCUGAAUUUGAGGACUUUCUUGUUGGCACUCUGGGUAUAACAAAUCCCUUGUCGAUAGCUGGUUUCAAGAGAGCCACCAUUCUGCUUCGUAAUAAAAACAGACGACCUGAUAAACGAGGUAUUCCGGCCGAUAACUUUAUCCACAUGCUGUCAUUCUACUUGCGGGGAAGCAUCGUGGAUAAGGCUGAACUGGCUUUCAAAGUCAUCGAUAUAGACCAGGAUGGAUUGCUGAGGAGACCGGUGGAAUUCCAGCACUUCCUUCAGGGCUCAUUUGACCCCGAGAUCGCCGCUACGCAUGCAGAAAUCGACCCUGAACAGCCAGUGAGAGAAACAAUUCAGUAUCUUGUAAGCAAAACUCGCGCCUCUUCAGAAAAUGGCCUUGAUUUAAAGGCGUUUACGAAUUUAAUAGUCAAAGAGCCUUGGUUAAUCAACUGUCUUGUGCCCAUCUCUUGUCCUGAAUUAGAUAAUAUUGCCUUCCAAAGUCUCUUUACAAUGAAACUUCCAGCAUCGCUGCAUGAACGAACAUGA